AAUGCAUAAAAUUUCCACUCGUUUUCUAUAUUAAGCUUCCGUUUGUCUUCUUCCAUCUUCUCAAAAUCCAAAAUUAAUUUUAACUUCACUCGUAAAAUCUUUCGAUUUCUUGAUAUAGCUAGUAAAAAACACAAUAACAAUGGGCAACUACGUUUCAUGCGCUCUAAACAAAACGUCAUCGUCACCGUUGGCAAAAGUGAUUCUCCCUGACGGUGGAGUGCGUGACAUCCACGUGCCGACGAAAGCAGCCGAGCUCAUGAUGGAGAUGCCAAGCUAUUUCCUCGUCGACACCAAGUCGGUGAAAGUAGGCCGUAAAUUUAUCCCACUCGCCGCCGACGACGAUCUUGAUCUUGGAGGCUGUCAUGUGUACGUCGCAUUUCCGAUGACACGUGCCACUUCUGCAGCCAACGCUUCCGACAUGGCUAGGCUCUACCUCACCGGAAAGAAACGCACGAAAAACUGCGGUCAUAGGAGAGUGUCUCCGGAAAAUGAAGAUAAUGAUGACGUGAGGCUGAUCGGACCGAAGCUGAAUCUUGAAGACAUAGAAGAGUUCUCGGCGGCAGAGUUUAUUCAUCGGAUCUCUGUUUCGAAAUCUAAGAAACCACAGUUGGAGACGAUAGCUGAAGAUCAUGUGCCCUAAUUCAACAAAAUCCUAUUUGUUUUUUAAUUUAUUUUCUCGUCACCAAAAUGCCUCUCUUUUGUUGGUAUUAAUGUACGGAAGGAGACAUUAGUCGAGAGUUAUUAAGUAUGUGAUUCCUUAUUUUUUUUCUCCGUACGUUGUGAAAAUGUAUAGAUAUAUUUUUCUGUUAAUCAAUAAUGUGUGUGGAUCUAUCGGUAAAAUUUUUAGUGUUAAAUUUCUUUCAUAUGAACAUAAAGAAGUUUUUUUCUUCUUUUAUAAUUUGUGUUUCGAGAAUAAUUUGUCCACCUCUUUUUAUUUUAUUUUUCUUUACAGAUUACAAACUAGCCGU